CCAACAUAAACCUCCCCUAACCUGAAAAGUUGGGUAUUUCAGUUGAUUUUAAACCACCAUUAUCCUCAUAUCUACAAACUAUUGAAUUAAUUUGCUUGUUUUAAUUUAUCACAAUCUCUAGUACUCAAGUCACUAUCUUCCAGGUUGGAACUCUGUUGCAAAUUCUUCUCCUUGUUUGUCUUCUUCUCCAAGUUAAGUUGAACUCAUCACUUCCCUCCUCAGGCUUGAUGUUCUAUCGUUUUUUCCCUUCCUAUCGAUGCAAUCCACUAAUAUGACCCUAAUUGGACCUUUGGAGAAGCUAUAACGAAUGGAAACAAAAACUGCUUCGAUCCAAGAACGAGACCAUCAAAAUUGGCUAAGUCCUUUACUCGUCUCAGGUAGGGUACUUUGCAGGUCUGUUCGGCACGCGUGGAUUGAUGAAAAUGGGAGCUUGGAGGUUUAUUUUGAAGUUGAAGUGUUGGACUACACCAUGGUACACUUGGGAGCUCAGUUUCAAGUCCAGAAGACCAUUUUUAAGGCGUUCCAAAAUGGUAUGGUAAAACUGGAAAUCUAUCAGGAAAUGACUAAAGCAGAAGGCAUGUCUGAGCUAGCUACUUUGAGGGUUAAUUUGGAAGAAGUGGCUGCGAACCAAGUUACACGCUCGUACGAAGAGUCCAAAGAUCGUACUAAGGCCGCUGAAUUAUGACUUUGGAAGGUGUAAUCCGAGUCCUUGAUGGAGUAGGACCUUUAGAUUGUUUUGGAGUUUUGUUCUUUCCUUGUUAGUUUGAGUUUAUGUUUAAGUGUAGGACGUUUGUUUCUUGCCGGCUAAGUAGCUAGAGUCUAUUUAAGCAUUGUUUACAUUGUAAUUCAAUUCAUGUUUUAUGAAAAGAACACCUUUGUUCAUUGAGUUUGUCUCAUGAAUCUUUCCUUGGUUUGAUUGGAUUGAAUCCAUCAAUCAAGCGAGCUCAACAUCAAUUGAGUAGCCACCUCAAUUGUGGACGAGUUGCGACUAUUGUCGAUCGAGCCUCUUCCCCAGUUUUGGACGAGAAGUUGCACGAAGACAUCCACCCCGUUUUCCGCUGUUCUUCUCGUGGAGAGCUGCCUUUUCAGUAGCUUUUCGUACACUUGAUCCAUUCCUAGCUCCUACGUUCAAGGUUGGGCAUCAUCAUCCACCCCAAAUCAUGUCUUUCCAUUGGGUUGUCGUUGACAGAUUGAUGAUGAAACAGAAGAACCAAAGCUUGGGAAGCAAUUGGGUAUCAAGUGGACACCAGGAAGACAACCCAUAUCAAACAGAAAGAACGGGAAUACCUCUAGAAAAAGGAGUUCUUGAGACGAUCACAAAUAAUAAUCUUCUUUGACAGCGUAUCUAUCUCCUUACGCAGGUGGUUCAGAAUCUGUCCCCUGCACCGCCGGUGACCCCUUGGCUCCCGUCUCUCUAAACCGCGAAUGAGUCCAAUUAGUCGAAGAUAGCACACAUGGUGUCGCCGCAUCAUCCGAAUCUCCAAUUCGAACGGCGAAAAUCCUUCCGCCGGUCGUAAAACACCAGCUCGUUCUUCUCCGUCAUGUGCUCUAGGUUCCGUCGUAACAGCUCAUUCUUUUCCCACCGCAGCCGCUCUCGAUUUCGAUCCCAACCUUCAAUGAUUCUUUGUUUCCUUUUUUGUUCCCGUGAUUGAAAGCGCCAGAUCUGGAGUUCUCGCGGCUGGGCAGCACUUGAGAGUUAGAGUUUGUGCGACGCCGUUGGACUGCAUGUUCCCCUCGACGAUGAUAAACCCUUGAUAGGGCUUUAGAUUAGAGUUGCUCAGUUAAGAAUCAAAUUGAACUCUUAGCUCAAUUCCUCGAACAGAAACAGGGGUAAAAUCGAUCAACGGGGAUGGAACUUCGUGCAAUCCUCACAAGGGGAGAAAGGUUCGAAGCUUAGGGUAGAAGUUUGGCCACGAAUAAGCGUGACUAGCUGAUCGAUACAAGCACUCGAUUGCUUAGAAACGCCUAAGCAAUCCACUCGAAUUCGUCAAGCAAAGAGCAAGAUGAACCAAUGCCAACUUUGUAUUCAAUUGAGCAAAACCUGAUCAUUACAAUGUAGACAUGAGUUUAAAUAGGCUAACUAAUCUUACAACGCAAGUAAAGAACAUCUUAAACAGGCUAUAACUCAAACAGACACGAAUUCUAACUGGAAAAGAAAAUUAAAACAAAACAGCGGUUGAAUCCUAAUCCUUCUCGGAUUCAGAUUGUUCUUCCUCUAACAGCAAGUGUUGAUACGUUUUUGAAGCUUCUUGUUCGAGCACUUUCAAACAUCACCUUGAUCAACCAAUGCCCCUUCGAUGCACUAGAAUAAAUGGCUAAUACCACUACAACACUCGAACUAUCCAAAAAAUGUCACUUGUGUCCUAAUUUAUUCAAAAUUUCAUUUAUAUCCCGACGUAUAAGACAUGUGUGACAUUCGUAUCCUGCCACUUUAUGUUGACCGUUAAAGAUCACUGUUGACUGGAUGGAAGUCAAUUAUUGUUGACUUUCAAUGAUGUGGAAGAAACGUGGCUUCCACGUAGAUGCCACGUCAUUAACACAUCAUAUUUUUAAAUAUAGUUAAUUUAAAAUA